CGAAAAAACCCUUUAAAUUUGUAUAAACUUCUCGCUCUGUCGGCCCUCGUCUUCUCUCUUCCUCAGAUCGUUGAAUCCGCGGAGAAAAACCCAAAUGCAAAACAGUGAAUUGGUGUAGCUGAGGAAUUGUAAAGUGAGGUAAAAAUGGUGAAGAUGACUAUGAUUGCGCGUGUUACUGAUGGGCUGCCAUUGGCAGAGGGACUGGAUGACGGGCGUGAUUUGAGAGAUGCUGAGAUGUACAAGCAGCAAGUGAAGGCUUUGUUUAAGAAUCUUUCUAAAGGUCAGAAUGAAGCUUCAAGGAUGUCGGUUGAGACAGGACCUUAUGUUUUUCAUUAUAUCAUUGAAGGACGUGUUUGUUACUUGACAAUGUGUGACCGUGCUUACCCCAAGAAGCUUGCCUUCCAGUAUCUGGAAGACCUAAAGAAUGAAUUUGAGCGUGUUAAUGGGGCACAGAUUGAAACUGCAGCCAGACCUUAUGCUUUCAUUAAAUUUGAUACAUUCAUACAGAAAACAAAGAAAUUGUACCAGGACACUCGUACUCAGCGGAAUAUUGCUAAGUUGAAUGAUGAACUAUAUGAAGUACACCAGAUAAUGACUCGCAAUGUGCAGGAAGUUCUUGGUGUUGGUGAAAAGUUGGACCAGGUUAGUGAAAUGUCCAGUCGGUUAACAUCAGAGUCACGCAUAUAUGCUGAAAAGGCGAAGGAUUUGAAUCGACAGGCUUUGAUUCGGAAGUGGGCCCCUGUUGCCAUUGUGUUAGGAGUGGUGUUCGUCCUCUUUUGGCUCAAAACUAAGAUCUGGUGAUUCAACUGCCUUUUGUUGUUUCUGAUAAUUGCACAUUUUGCCUGGGUCUCUGCUGCAGUAUUGGUUGCUUGUGUGCAUGUCUUGAUUUCCAGACUCAGAGACUUAAGAUUGCGGUGACCACUCUUUUCUGUUCAUGACAUAAUCCAGUUAAGAUGAGUUGUUCGGUUGGUACCUCAUAGAAGUGGGGCUAAAUCUAUCAUUUAGAAUUGUGAAAGAGGGACUUCUUUAGGAAUAUUUUAAGGAGCGAAAAUAUAUUUUAUACAAAAUUUUAGAGAAUUCUAUAGCCUGAGGGCUUUAACAUGCUUUAUUGAUACUA